UUCAGACGACGCCGUUUUCGUCUGCAGUGAAGUUGCGGGUGUUGCGGUUACCUGAGAAGGAGAGAGAAACCAAGAGAAACUCCAAAAUCCAAAGGUUCGGAAGAACACUUCAUCGCCAAAAUAGCAAUGUCAACCAAGACCCCUAUUGAAAAGCUGCGUCAGCAAUGCCUCCAGAGGGGUGCUCAUGGCAUCAAGGGCCUGGCAAGGCAGUUCCGCAUCAUGGAUGACUCCGGGGACAAGAAGCUGGACAUGCAAGAGUUUAUAAAAGGACUGCAGGAUUUUGGGGUCUACUUGAGCCCUGCUGAGGUGGAAAGCCUGUUCAAAGAGAUGGACAAGGAUGGCAAUGGAACCAUACGCUUUGACGAGUUUCUCGUUUCGCUCAGGCCUCCCAUGUCAGCGGCAAGAAUUAACCUGAUCAAGCAGGCAUUCAAGAAGAUGGACAAGACCGGAGACGGUGUUGUGACGGUGCAUGACCUGCGUGGGGUCUACAAUGCCCGCCAACACCCAAAGUACCAGAACGGUGAACUCACCGAAGACCAGGUGUUCCUCUUGUUCCUCAAGAACUUCGACAGCCCCAACAAUCCCGAUGGAAAGGUGACUGAAGAAGAAUUCAUCAACUACUAUGCGGGGGUCAGCGCUUCCGUAGACACAGAUGCCUACUUCGACCUCAUGAUGCGAAAUGCGUGGAAGAUUUGAGCGUCUUUCUGGGCAACCCUGCUUUACCAUUUACCCAUCAACCCUCGAGUCUUUGACCUUUCUUUGACCUUGAUCAGUUUAUUUCCGUGAUCAUAAUUGCUCCGACACACUGCAUGCAUCGUAUAGUGCCGACUUGAUUCAGUACCAUCGAGCGUUUCAGCUGUGAUACAUUGGUCAGCCGUACGAUGCUGCAGUUCUUUCUUUUUUUUUUGUCAAGGAUGCACUGCCCAACCUCUUACCCACUUUUUUUAAUGAUCAUUAAUAAUUUAUGGUAUAAUCUCACUUUAAUGCACCUCGUGCGUGUGUGUAGGGUCCACUGAAUCAGUCCAGUUACGAACACUUUCAGAUCAACAGUGGGAAACAUGUAGCCAGUUAUGCUGGAAUCAGUUAAGACAUUUAACAUAUAAGCCUUUGUCUAUUAUGCUGCACUUCUUCCUGAGGUUACAAGUGCACUAUCCUACACAAAAGCCACGAAAGCCAUAUAUACUAAGUAUUUUACUUAGGAAAUAUUUUUUCUAUACUCGUGGGGUAAAAAUCGGGUAAAUAAACAGGUGCUCAAAAUUAAUGCGAAUUCGGGUGAAAAAAACUUCCCGUAUACUAAAUCCGUGGAGAAACACGAACUCUACUGGUUUGGUACAUUUGUUGAUGUAAUCACAUUUGCUGCGCAAACAAGUUAGUGUGCAUUCUUACAGACGUCUCAGUGAGAGCAAUUUGCUGGGUAAAAAUCGGUCCUUCAAUUUGGGGUGCAAAUUCGGGGAAGAAUCGGGCUAAGCCCUAAAACUUCAGGCUCUACUUAUGAUCAAUCGUCACGUUCUGUUCUGUUCCUUGUUUUUUUUUUUUUUUUUUUUUUUUUCUGACUUGUGCCCAUUUUUUGUCUUGGUUUACUUGCGAGACAUCUCAUUGUAAUAGGCCUUUAGAAACAGGUCAGAACAUUUCAGAGCGUUGGAGUUCAGUGUUUCUGUUAAAGAGAGACAUUCUACAAUUUUUAAUACAUCCUCUGUAAAGAUGUAAGUUUUAGCAAUUUAGAAUUUGGAAUAUUUACAAACAUCAGUUUGGUCAUCAUUUCUCAUGAUUCGUGCUAAAAGCUUUAGCCUCUUUAUUGAUACGCAUCCAUCAUUUUAAAUUACUGUCAGAAUGUUUUCCCCCCCUUUUUGGCUUCCGAAAGUCUAAAUAAUGUUUGCCAUUAUUGUCUGAAAUGACAGUGCUUCUGACCUUCAUGCCAAAGAUAGUUGAAUGGGUUUUUGUCACUUUUUAGGCUUUCUCAGUUCGUAUUUACUUACCUGUACUUUGAUGUUUUCUAUAAAUAGCAUCAGUGUGCAUCGAAGUGAGAUUUGCCACGUCAAACUUUUGAGAAAGGAUUGCACUAUGCUGCCAAAGAUGUGUCAAAACAACAGUUUUCCUCCCAUGUUAUCUGUAUGCUCAGGAGACUUGCAUACGAGUGAUGGUGAUAUCGAUGUCUGUGGCACGUUUUCUUAUCUAGCCUAGCUGGUAAUCUUUAUAGUGUUGCAAGACAAUGUAAUGUUUCUACUUGUCUGGUGGCAUAGUGCAUCGAGUGCUACAAGUGUAAUAAGCAGUUUCAACUAUGUGAAAAGUUGAGCUUCAGUAGGAACAGGAGAAAAUAGGUGGCACCUUGCUUGUUUCCCGUAGCUCUAGGAACCUUUUUAUCAUCACGGGAAAAGUCUGAGUAUGGGCAAGAACUAAAACUGACAAAGAGGCACUUUCUCUCUAUCUGUUUUUUUUUUACUUUCGCUUUCUUUACAAAUGCAUUUUGCAUAAUGUACAUCGUUAAAUUCUUUGCGAUACCUGUUUGGUAAUUCUGAGUUACUCACCACAAGUACAGUACGAAGUAGAUUCACACCAGUGGCAUCUAAAUUUUUUUUACGUCUAAAUCACAGUGACACUUAAAUUUUUAGGAAGCUACACCUCUUAAUUUAAUAUGGUACCAAUUUCUGACCCUAGAUGGUGGUGUCAAAGCAGUACAGAAUUUUGUAAAUGGCUCGUAGUAAUUUGUCGUCGAGGUAUGUAGACAGCGUGCAGCAACUUCCAUAGCUCUUCAAAUGCGUUCGCUGAAUGCCAAAAAUAUUAUACGCAACUACUAAACGUGAUAACCUACUUUUGCCAAAUAUGCAGGAACGGUACAAUGCUCUUACAUAUAACCAAAGCGUACGCAGUGGCCACUAUCGUUGCAUUUAUGCCCGCAGGUGCGGCUGAGCUGACGUCCAUAACCCGCGGCUCCGCACGCGCUAAGUUUCAGCCGAUGCUUUAGCCGCGAAGAAUCUGUCCAAAGAGAUGCACUUGUCCGUAUUGGGAAAAUCUGUUUGAAGUAACAAAUUUUUAUUUCUAACCAGGGAUGCAAAUGAAGAUUACUUUCAGUGCAAUUCUCAUUUCCUACUUUACAAAUGUGAAUGAUUUUUUUUUUUAAUGCCCGGAGGAAUCAUGCUGCAAGAUGGCAUCUGAGUAUCCCUCACUACUUUCCUUUUCUUUGGGCAACACCUUCAAAGUCUGCUCCUGAUCUCAGGGGGGAAAAAGAAUGACUGCCUGUGCGACAGUUUUAAAUGGUGUUGCUGGCAUUCAUGAUUCCCUUAGAAUUACAGGGUUUUGUUAUGAUCUCCGGGUCAUUUGCGUCCCUGGUCCAAAUGAUUUCCAGCCAAUCAGCAUGCUCUGCGUGAUCGUCCCGCUUGUGCCAACCUGUUUCCGCACGAGAUUUGGUGUGUCGUGGAGUGCUCGUGGUUUGGUGUUCACCCAGUGUUUAACUUUUGAAAAGGUGCUUUCUUCUUCUAGUCGACACCCAACUAAAGCUCCAGAAAAACUUUGAAGCUUGAGGAGCUUGCACGUUUCAUUUUGCUACACAAAGUAGCUUUUUUUUUUUUUCACAUUUGUCAGAUACCAAAUGUUUGCGAGGACACUUUUAUAAACCACUACUUAAAGGAAGGGCUGUGCCAGUACUAGAGAGCUCAGACUCCAGGUUCAGUGUUGCGGCUCAUACUUGGGGUUCUUCGUUUUCGAGUUAAACCUGAUUUUUCGCUAUAGUUCCCCCCCCCCCCGAACAAGUUAUCAAGAGUUUGGGUAAAACCCGAUAUCUACCAGAAAUCCUUGCGGUCCUUCAACUUGUUGUUCUAGGUAAACCGUUGGAAGAGUGAAUAAUAAUAUCAGCAAGUUCCGAUCGGCAACAUAAAGAUACUUGUUUUUCUCGUCCCAUUGUCACAGUAGUGGCUUGUUUCAUAUGCCUUUCGUUUCACUAGAAAGUUCCCCGAUGACAUAUCAAACAGAGAUCGUAGCGCCUGAUUUCUCCCAGAAGUCUCGUGUGUAAAUGGCACCCGAUUUUUGCCUCCCGAAUUUGAAAGAUCAUAAAACCCGAGAACGAAGAACCCUACUCAUACUUUGUUCGCUUGAUUUUUGCUGUCUCUUCUUCAUGUGCCACAUAACUUUGCCCCACUGUGUCCAACUAGCUCUGUCUGUUUGUGUUUUUUUAGCACUUACCAGAAAUUUUUUUUUACAAUACUGUUGGAAUACACCCCCCAACCAAAAAUGAAAACAAAAGAUUGGUUUUGGUAGGACUGGUUCAGUAGCAUAGCCAGAAUAAAUAUUUUGGAAGGGGUGAUAUGGGAACUUCACAUGAGGGAGGAGGAUUUCAGCCUCGCUCCCCUCCCCUCCCCUCCCCUAAACGCACUACCACAGGUAUGGUUUGGAGGUUACCCCCCCCCACACCUGCUCUGUGGCUAUGCUACUGGCAUGGUUCUUGUGGCAACACAGCCCUACGAUAUAGAUGCCCCCUGCAUUACUGAAGUCUAUCUGGAGCUACUGCUUGCACAGCCUGAGCAUAAGAUUGUUCUACUGAUCAAAUUCUACCUCGUGAGUGAUGCAUUGUCUGGUAUAAGGAUGCCUCUAAAUUUGGAAGCCUUUCUUCUCCACAAAAUUCAAAGAAAUUUUUGUGGAAGGUUAUAAGAGCAGUCAAAGCACUCUUCUGUUAAGUUUGUUCUGGACAGAGAGAAAAAAAAAGGAAAAACAAAAGAAAAGUUCUUCACAGGAAUACAGCAUUGUACUGAUAUGGUUGGAAAGGAGCAUUGCAUUGUUGAUGACCUGAAGUUGUAUAAUCCACAGGUCACAUGUAGAAGCUAUGUUUUGCUUCUCUUAUAAAUCCUAGCGAUUGCCAGGUCAAGGAAUUGAGAAAUUGUUUUACUUGUAUUAACUUGAGAAAUCGUUUGCAAUCUAGGUACUGUUUGAAUGACAUAAUAUUUUUAGGUCUGUCAAAUUUAGGCAGUUUUGGAAUAGGGGAUCUAUAGGAAUGGCAUUGUCACAUCUGUGGGUGUGCUAUCUUUGAAAAAAAAAAAAAAAAAAAAAAAGAUACUGUGCUUACCCAAGCUCUCCCUAAAGUUUUCACAUUCUUGUGGGAGGGGAGAAUAUGCUUGAGCAGUACCUCAGCCUGGUUCACAAAAGGUGCCAAGUGCAUGUAUUGCCAUGCCUGAAAACAGCUGCAAAUAUAAUUAAUAUAUUGGAAACCAUAAAUUGGUUUAGUUCUGACAUAACAGGUAUUUUUGCUAUUAAGACAGCAACAUGCCUGCAAGAAGCAACAUUUUGCGAUUUCUCUUUGGUCCUCUAUUCUCAUGCACGCUGUUUGAAAAGUCUGUUUAUGCUGUCCAGUUGCACACGGUCCAUUGCACAAUUCCAUGAUAAGGCAUUCCUCAUGCAAGUUCAGCUUGCUGAUGGUUUUCUUUUACACUGUCCUGUUGUUAGAGAAAUAUUGAGGUGGUGGAUGGUGAAUUAGAUGGUAUAUAUAUGAAAAAAAGGGGAUGCACACUAUUUUUGUGCUGUUUUUGUUGUCUGUUUGCACAGCUGAUUGUUUUUAAUUGCAGGGUAUGACCUUGCUUCCAUUUUCGAGCUUUUUACUGUUAUUGAAAUAAAAUGCUGUAGACCAAUA